AUGUUUAUUUACAUCAAUUGUAAAUUACAAUAUUAUUUAUAUUCUAUUUUUUUAGAGACAGCUUUGUGUCAACGUUGUAAAGAAAAAGAAAGUGAAUUGUAUCAACGUGAAAUACGUUUUUUACAAGAUUUAGAAGAAAAAUUUACACGUUUAUGGACAGAAUGUCAACGUUGUCAAGGUGCUCGACAAGAAGAUAUUUUAUGUACAAAUCGUGAUUGUUCAAUAUUUUAUAUGAGACGUAAAGUACAAAAAGAUUUGGGUGAUCAAGAUCGAAUUAUCGAACGAUUUGGUAAUAAUAUGUUAAAUUGGUAA